CCCACAUAGCAAUCAAUCGUUAGGGUUUUGCGCGUUAAGCCCUCGAGUGUCGUCCCAGAUCAGUGGCUGAGCCAGUCAUGGCGUCUCGGUACAGAUCGAUCUCGCGACCGGCUCUCUCCUUCCUCAACCACGCUAGGACGAGAAACGCCAGCCCUCUUCUCUCACCAAAUCCUUCCAUUCUUCGUCGGCCUCGCUCUCCAAGUGUCUCGCGUGAACUGGGGGCUCUCUGCACCCUCCUGCCGCUCUACAGCGCGGUCUCCUCGGCGCGUCUGAUCUCGAGGCUGGGGAUCGACGCCUCCGGGAGCUCGUCCUCGAGGUCAUUGUCCCAGGAGUUGGGUCUUUCCGUGCCCCGAUGAAUUUGCACUGAUUAUCGUUCAUAUUCUGAGGGUUUCAGGUUAGUUUGCUCUUAUAAAAAGUUCAAGCGAGAUUCUCAUACAAUUUUAUCGAAACCAUUAGAUAAAUUCCUUGUUGUCAAUCAGCUUGAAUAAUUUGUCAAAGUUAGGAUGAGUUCAAUGUUCAAAUUCUGUUCUGUUUAA